CUUGACCCACGGCAGGAGCUUGUGUGUGUGUGUGUGUUCGAGAGGAUGCACAAGCGGAGCAGCAACCCGAACAAGAUGCAGAACAUUGUGGAUGAUGUGGCAUCUUUGUAUGGGCUGCUUGUGGACCAGAGUGCGGCUGUGGAGGCGAGCAUCAAGACUACCGUCCGUGAAGUGGAGACCAAGCGCGGUGAACGUGACCUGACGGCUCUGCAGGACGCCACGGGCAAGGUCGCCGCUGUCCACUCACAGCUGGCCCCCACAUGCAUGGCCAUGGCCUCCUCACACUUUGACGCCAUUCUCUCGUCGUUGAACCACACCAUCGCAAUGGUCAACGAUCAGGUGACUCUCGAGGCCUCGCGGGAGGCCGCACGGGCCGAGGCUCUAGCACAACUUGUGCCCAAGGAGGAGGCCAUCCGGAGGGCCUUUGCCGAGGAUAUUGCCUCCAAGAAAGAUGCCUUUGACGCAGAGAUCGAGGCUGAGGCUGAGCGCAUCCGCGCAAAGUACCACAAGCCCGCUCUCGCUCCGCAGCCGUCAGAGCCCGUCACUGCCGACGGCGACUCCAACGCAGACGACACAUCUGCUGCAGCUGAAGACGACGAGGCCGCCUAAGCAUCAAUCCGUGUCUGUGCAGCACCCCAAGGCUGAGGCGCAAGCCCGAUGGCCACGCUUCCACUGCUGGCUCUGCCAUCGUGGCGCUAUCAAGACCCGGGCCAGUGAUCACAGCAAGAGACGAGCGCCCUGACGUCAAGGAUAAAGCUCUCCCACUCGUUCA